AUGAGUCCUGCAACCACAAGCGCCAUAUCAGCAACCACCAAAGUCCACAACCUAUGGAGGUCCCCGCUGCCGUACCUCUUCGGCAGCUUAGGUUUAAUGCUGCUACUCAUUUCUGUUGCAUUGGUCAUCCUCGCGUGUUCAUACCGCAAACCCUCUUCGGGUGAAGAUGAUGAAGAGAAGCCAGCAAAGCCCAUGAGCGCAGUUCUUGACGAUGAGAGAAGGAUUGCAAUUGUCAUAAUGGCCGGCGAUGACAAGCCGACGCAUUUAGCUACAGAGGUGAUCACUCCAACAACUCACCACUGUACUUGCUCCUCUGAGACCGAUCAGAAAGUUUAA